GCGGCGACUGGGCGGAAAGAGGACGGAAAGAAAGGAAGAGAGGAAGUAGCGAGGGAAGAAGCAAAAUGAAGGCAGCGCUGGGGGAGCCCGCGAGAGGGUGGCCGACGGGGGAGCGAGGACCGUGUCGCUGCUGCUUUACCGCACCACGGGCGUGAACAGCUUUCCCUGCGCGACCCCAGGAAAUAAGUAGGUCUCGCCUGGGCGGAAAAGGAAGAGAAAAGAGUCCAAGUGAGCGCGUUGCCUCCUCUGACACCGUUGCCCCCUCGAAACUCAGGCUGUGUCUCAGCCCAGCCUCCCCGCGGGACCGGACACAGUGCUGGAGCCGCCCUGCAGAUGGGGCGGGCAGGGAGCGGGCACCCAAGCCGCGGGUGACAGGCGCUGGCCUGCCCGCCUGCCCGGCGCGGCGCAGGGACCGGGCGGGCACAGAAUGCCCGGCAGAGGGAUCUGGGAGCCGGCUCUGGGACUGCCGAGGGCGUGCUAGGCUCCAACUUGGAUGGCGCGGAGACCGCUCCAGCUUCUGGGACCGCCACGCCGCGUCGAGUGAGCUGCGCGCGGGACCUGGGGGCGGAGACCUUAGGCGGUGGCUGCAGCGGGGCAAGCUGGGCGCAGGAGGGGGCGCGCUUUCUCCCUGCGGGUCUCAGUAAUGAGGAGACUGAGUUUGUGGUGGCUGCUGAGCAGGGUCUGUCUGCUGCUGCCGCCGCCCUGCGCACUGGUGCUGGCCGGGGUGCCUGGCUCCUCCUCGCACCCGCAGCCCUGCCAGAUCCUCAAGCGCAUCGGGCACGCGGUGAGGGUGGGCGCAGUGCACUUGCAGCCCUGGACCACGGCCCCCAGCACGACCAGCCGAGUUCCAGACGGCCACCCGGCAGGGCCCCAGAGGGAUGAGCCGGAGCCAGGGACUUGGCGGCCCCCGGCGCCUUCUCCCGGCGCACGAUGGCUGGGGAGCGCCCUGCAUGGCCGGGGGCCGCCCGGCGCCCGGAAGCCCGGGGAGGGUUCUGGAACCGAGACCCUGUGGCCACGGGACGCUCUCCUUUUUGCCGUGGACAACUUGAACCGCGUCGGAGGACUGCUGCCCUACAAUCUGUCUUUGGAAGUAGUGAUGGCCAUCGAGGCGGGCCUGGGCGAUCUGCCACUGCUGCCCUUCUCCUCUCCUAGCUCGCCGUGGAGUAGUGACCCUUUCUCCUUUCUGCAGAGCGUGUGUCACACUGUGGUGGUGCAAGGGGUAUCGGCGCUGCUCGCCUUUCCUCAGAGUCAAGGCGAGAUGAUGGAGCUCGACUUGGUGAGCUCUGUCCUGCACAUUCCAGUGAUCAGCAUCGUGCGCUACGAGUUUCCGCGGGAGAGUCAGAAUCCCCUUCACCUACAACUGAGUUUAGAAAAUUCAUUAAGUUCUGAUGCUGAUGUCACUGUCUCAAUCCUGACCAUGAACAACUGGUACAAUUUUAGCUUGUUGCUGUGCCAGGAAGAUUGGAACAUCACAGACUUCCUCCUCCUCACCCAGAGUAACUCCAAGUUCCACCUCGGGUCUGUCAUCAACAUCACCACCAACCUCUUCUCCAGUGAGGACCUCUUGAGCUUCCUACAGGUCCAGCUUGAGAGCAUUAAGAAUAGUACGUCCACCAUGGUGAUGUUUGGCUGCAACAUGGAGAGCAUCCGACAGAUUUUUGAAAUUACCACUCAGUUUGGGUUAACACCCCCUGAGCUUCGUUGGGUGCUAGGAGAUUCCCAGAAUGUGGAAGAACUGAGGACAGAAGGCCUGCCUUUGGGGCUUAUUGCUCAUGGAAAAACAACACAGUCUGUCUUUGAGUACUAUGUACAAGAUGCCAUGGAACUGGUCGCCAGAGCUGUCGCUACCGCUACCAUGAUCCAGCCAGAACUUGCACUCAUUCCCAGCACGAUGAACUGCUUGGAUGUGAAAGCCACAAACCUUACUUCAGGACAGUAUUUAUCAAGGUUUCUAGCCAACACCACUUUCAGAGGGCUCAGUGGUUCCAUCAGAGUAAAAGGUUCGACUAUCAUCAGCUCAGAAAACAACUUUUUCAUCUGGAAUCUGCAACAUGACCCCAUGGGAAAUCCAAUGUGGACCCGCUUGGGCAGCUGGCAAGAUGGGAAGAUUGUCAUGGACUAUGGAAUAUGGCCAGAGCAGGCCCAGAGGCACAAAACCCACUCCCAGCACCCAAGUAAGCUGCAUUUGAGGGUGGUUACCCUGAUUGAGCAUCCCUUUGUCUUCACAAGAGAAGUAGAUGAUGAAGGCUUGUGCCCUGCUGGCCAACUCUGUCUAGACCCCAUGACUAAUGAUUCUUCGAUAUUGGACAGUCUUUUCAGUAGCCUCCACAGCAGUAAUGAUACGGUGCCCAUCCAGUUCAAGAAGUGUUGCUAUGGGUAUUGCAUUGAUCUGCUCGAGAAACUAGCAGAAGACAUGAACUUUGACUUUGACCUCUAUAUUGUUGGGGAUGGAAAGUAUGGAGCCUGGAAAAAUGGGCACUGGACUGGACUAGUGGGUGACCUCCUGAGUGGGACAGCACACAUGGCGGUCACUUCCUUCAGCAUCAAUACUGCACGAAGCCAGGUGAUCGAUUUCACCAGUCCUUUCUUCUCUACCAGCUUGGGCAUCUUGGUGAGGACCCGAGACACAGCAGCUCCCAUUGGAGCCUUCAUGUGGCCACUCCACUGGACAAUGUGGCUGGGGAUUUUUGUGGCUCUGCACAUCACUGCCAUCUUCCUCACUCUGUAUGAAUGGAAGAGCCCCUUCGGUAUGACUCCCAAGGGGCGAAACAGAAGCAAAGUCUUCUCCUUCUCUUCAGCCUUGAAUGUCUGUUAUGCCCUUUUGUUUGGUAGAACAUCAGCCAUCAAACCCCCAAAAUGCUGGACAGGAAGGUUUCUAAUGAACCUUUGGGCCAUUUUCUGUAUGUUUUGCCUUUCUACGUAUACUGCUAACUUGGCUGCUGUCAUGGUAGGUGAGAAGAUCUAUGAAGAGCUUUCUGGAAUACAUGACCCUAAGCUACAUCAUCCCUCCCAAGGUUUCCGCUUUGGAACUGUCCGGGAAAGCAGUGCUGAAGAUUAUCUGAGGCAAAGUUUUCCAGAGAUGCAUGAAUAUAUGAGAAGGUACAAUGUACCAGCCACCCCUGAUGGCGUGGAGUAUCUGAAGAAUGAUCCAGAGAAAUUAGACGCCUUCAUCAUGGACAAAGCCCUUCUGGAUUAUGAAGUGUCAAUAGAUGCUGACUGCAAACUUCUCACCGUGGGGAAACCAUUUGCCAUUGAAGGAUAUGGCAUUGGCCUCCCACCCAACUCUCUACUCACCUCCAAUAUAUCCGAGCUCAUCAGUCAAUACAAGUCACAUGGGUUUAUGGAUGUGCUACAUGACAAAUGGUACAAGGUGGUUCCCUGUGGCAAGAGAAGCUUUGCUGUCACUGAGACUUUGCAAAUGGGCAUCAAGCACUUCUCGGGACUCUUCGUGAUGCUGUGCAUUGGGUUCGGUCUGUCCAUCCUGACGACUAUUGGUGAGCACAUAGUGUACAGGCUGCUGCUGCCGCGAAUCAAGAACAAGUCCCGGCUGCAGUACUGGCUCCACACCAGCCAGAGACUACACAGAGCACUAAACACAUCAUUUGUAGAAGAAAAGCAGCAGUGUCUCAAGACUAAACGUGUGGAAAAGAGGUCUGAUGUGGGACCACGUCAGCUCACCGUGUGGAAUACCUCCAACCUGAGUCACGACAGCCAGCGCAAAUACACCUUCAGUGAUGAGGGAGGACAGAACCGCCUGGGUGUCCGGAUGCACCGGGACAUCCCUCUCCCACUGCGGAGAGAGCUGCCCACCUCCCUGACGACCAACGGGAAAGCAGACUCCCUGGGCGGCGCCCGGAACUCGGUGCUGCAGGAGCUGUCGGAGCUGGAGGAGCAGAUCCAGGUGAUCCGGCAGGAGCUGCAGCUGGCUGUGAGCAGGAAAACAGAGCUGGAGGAGUAUCAAAGGACAAGUCGGACUUGUGAGUCCUAGGGGAUCCUGCUGCUCCCCUCUCCGGGUUCCCAGCCCUCCUCUGAGCCCUUGAGACACUUUGUAAUGCUCUUUUGUAACCACAGACUCAGGUGUGGGGGAAGCUGAGGCCCAGGUCUUCUAGCAGAUCAAGUCUGCACUCCCUCGCCUGAAAAAGCAGCAGCAGCAGCCCCCAAGCUCACUCCCUAGGUCUCCAGGUUAGCAGCGUGGUCUUGGGGGGUUGGCCCCAUGUAAAGUCUGUGAAUAACCAAACCAGCCCAGCUCCUGUUACCCUUUCCACCUGGUGCCACAGUAUUAUUUCUGGGUUUUAGCCCUUUCUCUGCACUAGCAACAAGAAGAGAGAAAAUGGUUACCCAUCCCUGUGUCUUACUGGGUUGCUUAUUUCCAUCUUAGCAAAGAACAGGAUUGUCUACGUUUGUAGCUUUUGAUACAACUCUCCAACUUCCAUUCCUACAGUGAGUGUGGAGCAGGGUAAGGGCUGGGGAAUUAUAGGACAGGAAGGUGUAUAAAUAAAAAGUGAACUGAGCUCAUUCACAUCACAGCAGGCCAAGGACUGAUGAGACGCUCCGGUGUCCCCCAGCCCAUCCUGGCUACCAUUUGUAAGAGCUUGUUUACGUGCCACUGUGAAAUGGGACAGGAAUGUGGCAGGCAGAAAAGAGUGACAUUCAAAAUGUACACCCUGCUUUUAGAACAGAAGCUUGGGCCAGGAGAGCAAUUUGGCAAAAGAAAGAGGACUAUCCUUUUCAUCUAACUAAGCAUCCCCAUUAUCGUGUGUGCCUUUUGUAAAAGACAAGAGAAAAGCAUGGAUGUGGCCUUUAGGAUGAAGCUGAAAUAGUCCAGCUUGUAGCCUCCACAGGACAUGUGAGCUGGCACUGUGAGUUAAGAAACAGUUCUCUAACCACAUACAAGGCCAUUUUCAGAUCAGCCGUCACCUGUCCCUUGGCUGUCAGAAUCCCUAAAGUGAGCCCGAACCCUGGGAGCAACCUGAGCUUCAACAUUCAGAAACAUGCCCUGUUCGUUCAUGUCUAUGGUCUAAGUACCAGGUCAGCCCCCAGCCUCGCCCACUCAUCUCUGAAGGACUGUGAGCAUGGUCAGGCCCUCCAGUUCCCAUCUAGUGUCCCCAAGAGACUGACAGGAGUCUGGUUUCCCCUCUGCCUAGGCAUCCCUCCCACGGUGUGCAACUGCUUGGGCAUGCAGAAGGGAGAGGACUUUGGGAACGGCAGAACUUGUUUCCAGUGCCAGUGUAGACAGGACUCAUCUAGGAGCUCUUUAGACUGCUUGGAGCCUUCCCCAGAGACUGGCAGCAGCCUGCAAUGAGCUCAAAACCUCCUGUUAUCCAGCACCCUCAGGUGACUGACACACGUGAUCCCCAAAGUACUCUCAUCCAGAAGUCUGGCUGCCGAGGCAUGGAGAGAAGUAAAAAGAGCCUUUGGAGACAUUUUUUGAGCUUCCGCACAUACCUACUGCUUCACCCUCUACUCCUGCCCUCUGACCCUGGGACACCAUUUAGCACUAGACUUCUGGGCUUGGUCUUCUGGGCCCUCCCGCUCUACCUGCUUCCAGUGAUUGCCCAGACCUGCGCCCUGAAACAGCUGCAGUCAUUGCAAAGCCUCCUCAGUCACUAAUGCUCCCCCUCUGCUUCUGGACACCACUCCUGCAUUUCCACUAGUGCUACCUGGUCUCCCAGGGAAAGGUAACACCCUAGGCUAUAAUUAGAUAUCACUUCAGCCAUUAGUGAAUUUUCUAAGAAACCCUGGGAGUGGAUUAGUCACAGAGACUGAUGAGGGAGGUGAAAGGAUUGGAAAGUCAGACUCCAUCAAGCUCACAGAAAGAGUUCAAUGAUGAGAGAAUGGAAGAAACUGGAAGCAGAGGCCAUGCUGCCUAGAGAUACCUUACGCUCCUGUGUGCUCACCCAGGCCCAGAUUAGGUCUGCAACUCCCUUCGGAAGACUCCGCCCCUUGGCCAUCCCCACUCACCUGCUGGAGCUCAGGACGCUGUAGACUCUGCCAUCACGCUCUGCACAUGCCUGGGCCUCUACACAGCCCGGGAGGCUGAUACACAGGUGUACCUCAGUCCACAUCACACCACGCCCCUAAUGUUGUACAUGGACAUUUUUAUAAUUCAGCUCACAUUCAGACUGUACUUGAGAAGCUGGCUACUUAAAGGAACCCAGAAGUGAAUUAUUUUGUAAAGUAAAGAAUCCUUUUGUAAUGCAAUCGAUUACCCCUUAAUGUAUGUUUUGUAAGUUUGGAUUUUUUGUAUAUCGGGUUUCCUUUCAGCUUCUCUACCAAGGUGUUCUGAGCAGUGGUGGUAACACACCAGAUGUCCCUGUCUCUAGCCACUAAGCAGGGUCCAGUGCAUGGCUCCUAAGGCAUCUUCUGAGGAAUGGUGUGGUCAAAACUGUCGCCAAGGUAUAGCAAGAAACAGCAGGGGUUGAAGGCACACUGACAGUCCUCAACACUGCUGAAUAGGUCUCCAUGUUCUGGAUAAAGAACAAACCAUAAUUGCUGUGGUGAAUUGAAAGUCUUCAUGUUAAAUAGCAAUGGUUAUUUUUCUCAGUAGUAAUUGAAUAGUGUUUUGCAAUUUGUGAAACAGUGUGUUGUAUUUGGUAAAAAGAAUUCAUGAUGUGGUGGGUCCUUUGAAAACCCUCCUUUCUGUUCUCUCAACUCUCCUCAGGCUCAAAAAAAAUUCAGAAAAAAGUCUUAAGGUGGAGGGAGGUACCUUGAUAAGAGGAAAUGAGGGGUGCUCCCUUACCUGCUCUCGUGGGCUCCUGCUGCAUGAGACCAGGGAAGCCUCCAUUCUUUUGCAAGCCUAGGUGUUGGGGAACCUAGAACAUGACAACCUGUAACCCACCCCAACCCCUUUCCAAGGGGAAUUCCGGACACAGGAAGCACACAAUAACACAGAUGGAAAAGUGGGAACAGGCUUGGUUCAUGUGAAGAAUGAGACUGUACAUGCCUCAAGGUAGAGGAGCAAGGGGAUCCCUCCACCAAUUAAAGACAGGUUGGAGGAACGACUGGAACAGAGCAGUCAGGCAGCGGGGGGACCCCAUCUGUUGAGGUCUUUAACGUACCUGGAGGUGACUCUCCGUGAUUAAUGCUCUUGCUGUUGCACAGCCCUAUGUAGGAGAGGCUGCUUCCUGCCAACAGACAAGUGUAAGUGGAGCAAGUGGCAAGCAAAACAACUAUGCCACGUGGGCCAAAGAGUUCUCUCUGAGAGCCUAGGAGUGAGUGAGCACUUCCUAAGUAUAGAUAAAGAAUGACAGAGAAAGAAACUUCCUUAGAGCCUCUCUCCCUCCCAGCUCAUAUUUUUAAUAGGCAAGCCGGAAUCCAACCAGUCUUCAGAAGCAAAUGAUUGCUCUCCAUCACCAGUCACUCCCCGUCCCUACACUGUUGACUUACCCUCUCUUCACCCACCCGCACCUUCCACCCAGUCCAGGACUCCCUCCCUCUCUUCAGUUACGUUCCUAAUUGUUUUAUGAAAAUACCGUACUUAUACCUAUUUUCUUAAGGUUUGUAAAAAGUGUUUGCAUUGUGUCUUCAUUUUAAUGUGUUUGCAAUCGCUCCGCUCCAGGAAGAACUGAAGUGCUGUCUUGUGAGCAUGAAGUGAACAGGCUGUUUUGCUCCAGCCACUUUUCUUGUACAACCACGUGGAUGGACUAGAUGUCCUCAGGUCUCUUCCAUCCUCAGUUUCUAUGACUGUGGAAUAAAUGUUCA